AUCGUCGCCUUGAAGCGAUGCCAUUGACGUCCACUGCACGGUCUAGCCUGCCGUAGCAACGUGACUGGGCGCAGCUUUCGAGCUCCGCUUCCGACGCGAUCAUCGCCCUGCUUGUUAAGCCGAUAAGUUAUCUAUAGCUGUUGUCCUCAGCCUAUUCCGCCCACAUGUAAGUUUAUAGUGAUCUCUGACCUUUUCGCUGCCUGUCUUCCGCAUCGGCGGUUGAUUAGCUGGUGCACGAAAUGGAGCACAAGCCUCUUCUCUCUAACCGAACACUGGACGGUGUGCAGUAUGCAAAGCCAGCGGUCAACAAGCCCGUGCGAAGGCUACGGUUUCCGCUGGCCAUCGCUGGUGUAAUACUGGCUCUGCUUCUGCUCCUCCGAACUCUAGGCCUAUUGAUUGGCAUCUUGCCGUGGACAACGCAGACUGGAGCGGCUAGCUUACUUUCUAAAUACCCGCUCAUUGAUGGACACGUCGAUUUCUUAAUCUUAGUGCGAGCAAUGUACGGCAACCGUAUCUACGAGAAGAACUUCACCAAGCCAUUCGAGGAGGGUGGACUGUACGGGCACGUCGACAUUCCCAAACUGGAUGCUGGCCACAUGGGAGGCGCCUUUUGGUCUGCCUGGGUACCAUGUCCGUCAGACGGUUUCGACUUCUCUGACGAGGUGUAUGCCCCGUUUGUCAAAGCGACGUUGGAGCAGCUCGACCUUUACAAUCGACUGUCCGUGAGGUAUCCCAAGUACUUCACUCUGCCAAGAAGUGCGGCCGAAGCGGAGCAGAAUUUUUACAGAGAAGGCAAGCUCAUCUCGCCAUUAGCAAUUGAGGGUCUGCAUCAAAUUGGGAACUCGUUGGCGACACUGCGUCUGUAUCACCGACUUGGCGUCAGGUACAGCACUCUGACCUGGAAUUGCCACAAUAAGUACGCCGAUGCUGCCGCUGUCACUGUCGAUGGCGAAUUCGGCAAGUCAAAGCCGUACCAUGGCGGCGUAAGCAAGGCUGGGCACGAGUUGAUCUUGGAGAUGAAUAGGUUAGGAAUGCUUGUUGAUCUCAGUCAUGUCUCAAUAGACACCAUGCGAGAUGUGCUUGGCGGCGCUCCAGAGAAAGGCUGGAAUGGUAGCAUUGCACCGCCAAUCUUCAGUCAUUCCAGCGCAUACGCACUCUGUCCACACCCCCGCAACGUCCCCGAUGAUGUGCUACAGCUUGUCAAGGAGCGCAACAGUUUGGUCAUGGUUAACUUCGCUCCGGACUUUGUCAGCUGCAAGUCGAGCAACAACACGAACGGCUUGCCAGACUUCGUUGAGGAGACGAGCACUCUUGAGCACGUGGUGGAGCACAUCAUGCAUAUCGGUGGGCUAAUAGGGUACGACCACGUCGGUUUGGGGAGCGACUUCGACGGCAUUCCAAGCACACCAAGAGGGCUGGAAGGCGUGGAGAAGUACCCGGACCUCGUACAGAUGCUGCUCGACAAAGGCGUCAAGGAGCAUGAUGUUGGGAAAGUCGUUGGCAGGAAUCUGCUGCGAGUAUGGCACGAAGCUGACAGGGUGGCGGCAAGGUUGCAAAAGGAGAUUGACCCAGUCGAGGACGCGCCUUCUAAGAUACUGAGAGAGCAAGAAGUGACAAUUGGAGACAUAAUGCCGCCACUGGCGUUCUAGAGAUACCUGGUGUGUAACAUGGUCGCAAACUGGUAGUCUGUUUGGCCUGCGCCUCAACGCAGGUCUUUGUUCUUC